UCAGAGCUGUGUAAAAGUAAAGUGCGCUGUGUAGAUAUCUAAUUUUGAAUCUUCUGUGCUAGAAAAUCAAUUUUCAUCCACCAGCGCUUCAAUUUAAAAAUGGACGACUUUUCCUACAUCAUCGAAAAGAAAAAGUAUGUAGGUGAUUUAUACUCAGCUUGCUCCAAGCGAUAUAAACUGCAUGAAAUACCUGAAGGUUUAGAAAAAACUUUAAAUGAUUUACUACAGCAAAAAAAUGUUCUGAAAGAGAAAUAUUUAGCAGAAGUUGAAGAUCUGAUUAUACUUCAAGAAUUAGCAAAGCCUCCCGGUGAAUGGCUGGCACUAAAACAAGCAGAAAAAAGUAUGUCAGAAUCUAUAGAGCUAGUGAAGGAGAUUAAUGCAAUGAGUGAUCAAGAUCAGAAGAUUCAAGAAACUAUUGACCUUGCAGCUGAUGCUCUUAAAACAAUGCAAGAAAAGCUGUCUAUUCUGGAGUCUAAGAUCUUGUUAUUGGAAGAGAAGAUUUUAAAAUGUCAAGUGAACAAAGAAUCAGAAAAGAUGAACAUUCUUCUGUCUGCUUCCCUGAAGGAAAGGGAUCUUCUGAAGUCAAGACUGGCAAGGCUUCAAGACAGAGUUCAAAACUUACAAGCAAUAACUGCCGAGAAUGAAGAAAAGGAAGUGACCGCCAAGAAUUUGUUAACUAAAUUGGAAGAACAGCUGGAGGCAAAGAGUGAGUAUUCUGGACUACGUCUUCAGGUGAAAUCAGAUACAUCUUUGGAACUAGAGUUUAAAACUGACUCAUUUUUACAGUUAAAUGAAAAAAUGUCUGAUUUGGAUAUAACAUCGGAAGAACUCAAGCUGAUUGCAACGCUGAAUUUUUCAAAGCAAGGCAAACUUGUUGAUGUUCAGCUGAACCAGUCUAUAGACGCUAAAGACAUUAUUAGUAAAAGUGUAGCAAGAAACAAUUUAGUCCGACUUGUUUUGGAUCUCAGCAAAUUGUGGAGGACCCAAACAACACUUGUUUCUGAAAUAGCAUUGCUUAGAAAACGACAUGCAAUCGACUGGAUACCAGAAAAGAAUAUCUUGUUGCUGAUAGUAAAAGAGAGAAAAAACUGUGUCUGCACACUGAAAGUUCCUUCCACAUACCCUCACUCAGGACAGAUUGUACUAGAAAAUGUAAUGGGACACACGUCAGGACUGACAGCUGAAGAUGUCCCUCCUCCGUCAGAUACAAGUUUAAUUAGUUGGCUCCAACAUCUGGACACAUUCUUUGGACAGUCCCAGGAAAAAUUGGAUCAGUAAUUUCUGUGGUGCCAUUAACUAUUGCAAUGAACUUAAAAUGAAAGUACAAUAGGAGCCUUUAAAAUAUCUAGAUAAAAAGAGUUAUCCUUUGUACUUAUAAUAACCUACUUUCUCAUUUUAUUUACAACUCAAGUGUUAAACUAGUAUUUACAAUUGUUUAACAAAUCAGACCAGUUGAACAGAUUUGGUUGUACCAAGCAUGCUUUCAGUUAUGCUAGAUAAUAUUCUAGAAUUUUUGUCUGGUUGAGAUUUUAGGGUAUGGUAUCCUUUCAUCCACCACCACUACUAUGUCCAUGACAUGGGUGCACUGGCUGUGCCAGCCUUCAUCUUACUGUCCCCACAUGGAGAACUUUCAGCUUCAUGAAUCUCUAGGUCCCAAAACUUACCUGAUCCAGCCUCCAGCACAGAUCUCACACACACACUUGUGUAAUGUGAAUUUAAAAUCUGUAUCAAUCUCUGCCACUUGUCUGCCACUGUUGUGUAUAACAAGUUGAUGAAAUUUAUAUCAGGCGUUGUUGCAUUAUUUGUGUUGAAAAGCAGUAACUUUCUUACAAAUAAAUUUUGCUUUGUUCAGUCCUUAAAAAUGUAA